AUGUUGCUCGGUUACUCCACAACUCAGAAGGGUUACAAGUGUUUCGUUCCGGAAACCGAGAAGGUUAUGGUCUCACGGGAUGUGAAGUUCUUGGAGAAUCAGGGUUACUUCAGUGAGAAAGAUUGGGAUAGCCUCAAGAACCUCUCUCAAUCUCAGUCGGACCGCGCGGCCAACCUCCGAGCCUUGUUCGAGAACCUUGGAGUAUCUAUGGCUCCUCAGUCACCUCCGGUGGACGUUCCCACCAAUCAUGCCUCACCUCCGCUUGUUCCUGAGGGGGAGAAUAAUGAUACGGUCAGUGAUAAAGCGCCGGAGAGUCAAGAUGGUGGUCAGGCUCACGAUGAAUCACAUGAGGCUUCGGAGGAAUCUCUAGCUACACCAGCCGAACCGGUCCCACUUAGACGGAGCUCUAGACUUAAGAAGGAUCCCCCUAACUGGGUGAACACAAGAGUCUACUACAACUGUCAAGCAGUGGCUCAUCCAACACAAGUGGUCUGCUCACUCGCUUACUUUCCGGAGGAACAUCAAGUCUUCAUUGGAAUGCAUGAUCAAGAAGACAUCCCUAAGACAUAUGAAGAAGCAGUUGAGUAUGAGGUCUGGAGGAAUUCUGUUGGCGAUGAGACUGAAGCAAUGAUCAAGAAUCACACUUGGGAUGAAUCGGAUCUGCCCAAAGGAAAGAAGGCAGUGAGCUCCUAG